GUAGCUGUAUGUUGUCUGUACUCUGAAUGAGUGAUGAACCAAGUUUCGAUCGUCUAAACUCACCGCCAUAAAAGCUUCAUUGUAAGUUGUAGCAGCAGUGUCCGCUUGAGCUUCACCAACACUUGCCUUCACACGGACCACAAAUCACUAUGUAGAUUCUGCAUUUUGUGUAUUGAAUCCAAUUUUCACUCUUUUUUUCUGAUCUCUUUCUCUCUUUUCUUCUCGGUUUCUACUUUUCAAAGAGAUAGAAGCAUGAGGGUUUCACUUUUCCUGCUUGCCUUCUUCGCCCUCUUCACCCUUUGCCUUCAGUUUCAAGUCUUUGCUGCUGCCCCAGCUGGGCCUCUGAUAAAGCACUUGAGUUCUCUGCUCAAAUGGACUAGUAGGCCUUCAUCCAAGAUUCCCCAAUCAGAUGGAAAUUUACUUCAAUUUGAAGAUGGGUACUUGGUUGAAACUGUUGUCGAAGGAAAUGAACUGGGCAUUGUGCCUUAUAAGAUCCGCGUCUCACAGGAUGGUGAACUAUUUGCUGUGGAUGCUGUUAGUAGCAACAUUGUUAAAAUUACUCCUCCCUUGUCACGGUAUUGUAGGGCAAGGUUGGUUGCUGGUUCAUUUAAGGGUCAUACAGGACAUGUUGAUGGAAAACCGAGCGAUGCUCGUUUUAAUAAUCCAAGAGGAGUUACCAUGGAUGAUAAAGGGAAUGUAUAUGUCGCUGAUAUCUCAAAUCUUGCCAUAAGAAAGAUAGGAGAAGCAGGUGUAACAACAAUUGCUGGAGGAAAGUCCAACAUCCCUGGAUAUAGAGAUGGGCCAAGUGAGGAUGCACAGUUCUCAAACGAUUUUGAUGUGAUCUACGUCCGACCAACAUGUUCAUUACUAAUUGUUGAUAGAGGAAAUGCAGCGAUUAGGCAAAUUUCCCUUAGUCAAGAGGACUGUGAUUACCAGUUCAGUUCUGUCUCAACCAUAGAUAUUUUUAUGGUCGUUGGUGCUGUAUUGAUAGGGUAUGGUGUGUGCAUACUUCAGCAGGGAUUUGGUUCUAACCCUUUCUCAAAUGUUCAAGGGGAUGCGGAAGCUGAGCAAGAUCAACAACUGAUCAAGGAGAAGCCAUCUCCCAUUGUCGAAAUUGAUAAAGAGGAUGAGCAGGCAGCUGGAUGGCCGUCUUUUGGGCAGCUUGUAUGGGAUUUGUCCAAGCUUGCCGUUGAAGCUGUGGGUAGCAUUUUUGCUCAUCUCAAUCCGCUACAAUUCAGGAUGAAGAGCACCAAAGGUAGUCUCACUCCGCUCAAAGAUUCUCUCAUCAUGCCAGAAGAUGAGGUUGACCGCAUUCAGAAACAAAGAGCUACAGCUCAUCUCCCCGAGACCAGGCAGGUUCACCCGCAAAAUAUUGGUGACAACAUUUCUGAGGUCAAGCCCCUCAAACAUAGAUCUUCUAGCAUGAAAGACCCAUCAUUGUUGACCAAGCACCGGUCUUCCAAGCGCCAUGAAUACGCAGAGUACUAUGCAUCAGGUGAGGUUCCUCCCUAUACACAGGUGAGGUCGAAAAGCCAGAAGGAAAGGUCAAAACAUCGCCGACCAGAGAAAAGCUCAGCACCAAAUUUGGGAGGCACCACUGGGAUGGAACAAAAACACAUUGAAACAAAGGGCCACCACUUUGCAGAUACAAGGUAUGAGCAUUAUAAUAUCAGGAACAAGUAUGGGGACCCUCAUAGCUAUCAGUAGACAACACGUUCGAUCAUGCACUAUAUGGCUUACAUGUACCUGUUGCAUAAUUGCAUUCCCUACUAACAUUUUGUGUAACAAAGCAGAAACAGUAGGUAUUAAAUGGCUUACAUGUACCUGGUUUGACAUCCUCACAUCACAAGCUUGCUAGACAACGGUUGAUGAGGUCCUUGACAACAUGUACCAACACUUAAUCUAGGAUUCAAAUCUUUUAUGAAACUAAGGUAUGUGUGGUACUAAAGCUGUGAGUGUGACUGUGUGAGUAGAUGUAAUGGAACUGGAAUGAAUCUAUUCUCUUUAUUGUUGCUUGGUUAGUUAUUACUGGUUGAGAGCCAUAUCUUAUUACUUGGCCUCAUGGUUUGUUUAGCUAAUCAGUGUAAAAAUGUAUUUGAGUUUGAUUUAGUACCAGGAUUCCUACUGAGCUGCUUAUAACUGUUAUAAGUUUUCCAACC